CCCUGAUGGCGUUUCUCUUUGAGCUGAAGGAUUUGGUCAACCUGAUGUCUAUCGGCACACUCUUGGCCUACUCCCUGGUGGCUAUUUGCGUGCUCAUCCUCAGAUACCAACCUGAGCUCUUCAGGUUCUCCAAAGAUCUGGAAAUGCUCGAGAUCAACGGAAGCGAAGAAGAAAAGAUGACCAUUAAUUCCACGGUCGGCGAUGGCCAGAAUGCGUUCAAAGAGAAGUUCAGCUGCAGGAGUCUUUUCUUCCCCGCCGAGGACAACCCAACCCAUGUGUCAGGGCGCAUCGUCUACAUCAGCACCACGGCCGUCGCUGUCACGAUCACUGCCCUGUGUGGCAUCCUGGCCCAUGAGUGGGAAGCCCUCCUGGAGGGCAGCGUCGGCUGGGUCAUUGCCUGUGUCAUUCUCCUGGGCAUUUUGCUCGCUGGCACAGCCGUCAUCUGGAGGCAGCCAGAAAGCAAGACACGCCUCACUUUCAAAGUGCCUGGCCUGCCGUUGCUCCCCCUUUUCAGCAUCCUGGUGAAUAUCUAUCUCAUGAUGCAGCUCGAUGCUGGGACCUGGGCCCGCUUCGCUGUCUGGAUGGCCAUCGGCUUUGCCAUCUAUUUCGGUUAUGGGCUUCAGCAUAGCGAAGAAGGUCAGGGGGCACAGCAGUCCCCGUCAGCCGCCGACAAAGGCCUGCCUUCGGCCCACUCUGAGCUGAGCCAAGAGCUCGCCAUCUGAGAAGGAGCGGCUGCUUCUGUCCUCCUUCCACCGCCGUGGACACCCCCCGAGUUCUUCUUCGCCUCCUGCCCCACCCGUCAAGAAGGAAGCCGUGGCCCGCAGGACCUCCAGGGGCGCAUUGGACUCAACCUGUGGCAGCAGCUUCAUUUCGCAGAAGAGGGGAAUAAAGCAAGAUGGGAUAAAAUUUAGGAGGCAGCCUUUCCUCCUAAGUGGGACAGGGAGAGAGCGACCUUCAGACAAGAAGCUGCCACACAUGGUUUAUUUAUUUACCCGGCUUUGGUGGCUAGAUUGCCUUCCCCAGAUCUAGAUGUCUGUAAACGUGUCAAAUGUGAACCAUCCCCAAAUGAUCUCCAGGACUACCAGUCUAGUUUUAACUAUUAUUUGUAUGUCAAUUUUUUUUCCCAAAGAUGUUAGGUGUUGUUUUUUUUUAUAUAUCGGUACAACUCCGUGCUCUUAGCUUUUUUUUUAAAGUUGGACUCAUCUAAACCCUCCCCCCCUGUCAAUUUACUUUCCUUGUAGGCUUAUCUCAGAUGCUCUUGGUUCUGGGGGGUCUGCAGCCGAAGCGAUCUGGCAGCCUCCAGAAAUUUAGACAGCCUGCAGCAGUGCAGUACUAGGCCGGAGGAUAAUUGCUUAAAUAAUCGGGGUUGAUCGGAGUUCUGCCACUGUUCUUGCCAAACAUUAUCAAAUAGGUUUCUGGGGUUUCUCAAAUGAAAUCAGAACGGAUUAUUUCUACCAAAGGGAUACAAAACUGGCUUAUCCAACAUGCUCGCAAUAUAUGGAUCCAGGGUACAUUCAGCCUGCAAUAGUUUAUUCGCGAGAGCAGGCUGCAGUGCCUUGAACGAAUGGGUAGUGUGGGGUUGGAGGGCUGAGUAAAGCCCUAGUAAAAUAAGUCAAGUUUGUUAUGAAACUAAGCCUGGAGAGAAUCACCAGAUUCUCUUGCUAUGCAAGAGAAGGGGAGGGAAGCUGGGCGCUGAGUUUGUGGUCAGUAGCUGCCAACAGGAGAGCAUUUGACCCCGGUGUAGCCACCUUCUGGACCAGAGGUCGGGGCUAAAGAUGGAGGCCAAGCCAGCGCGCAAUGGCCAGCUGUGCCUGGUUGCUUAGAAGCCAGCAGCAAACCACAGCUCGCAACAGCUCAAAGCAAAGUGAGGUCAUUGCCAGACUUCCAUCUGUUGCAAAGAUGGCACAGCCAAUAAAUCCUCCCUGGCUCCAAAACAGGGUGAAUAUUUUUUUCCCUACUAAUAAAAGAAGCCAAAUACAUGGUCCAGCUAGUGAUUUCCUGUUUUGGUCCAUCCUGAAAUUGGCAAGGAAACCAGCCCGUAAUUUGGAAAGCCACCGGGUUAGCCAAAGGCAGGAUUGGGACAGCUUGUUUUCUCCAACUGUUAAGGGGGGGGGAAAGUGGGAUGCUUUCUCUCCUGGUGCAAAUUAUUUACCUUGGAUUGGAAAAAUAAUUCUGAGAAUUCCCCAGGAAGCUGGAUCAUGUGACGUUGGUUGUACGUAUGCAGACACACUCCACUUACAUCAGAAGGCCAGGCUUCCUAACAACUGCCCCCCGGGGCCAAAUCCUAUAAUGCCAAGGCCAUUUCAAACUUCACGCAGCUCAUUUCCAAGCCUUACAAUUAAUUUCCCCAACAUUCCCAAAAGCAAAUUGUGAAUGUGCAGGGCCAAACACUGAAUUUGUUGUGUUUGGGAGACAUUAGCUCUUCACGCACACUUUCGACGUUUCCUCCUCCCGAAGGGAGAUUUGGCACAAUCUCAGUUCAGGGUUUGUAACUCAGUGGCAGAAUCUUCACGGGUGGAAGAAAAAGGCUGGGAGCAGCGUGUCCGGGACCCACCCUGAGAUGGAUGGGCCAGGUCAGCAAAGGCAGCUUCUCCUGUUCCUCACUUCACCUUAUCCCGCAGCCUCGCUCAGAGCAAGAGAGGGAAAAUUCCCACUUGUUUCAACAGAACUUUGUCGUCUUGUUUGAACAUCUACGUUACAUGUGCACCAAAGCUCUUCAACGUGAAUAUAACACGCAGCACCUUAAUGCAUUUGUUGGACCAAAUAAAAUGUUGUGCUAUUA